CUCUGUGCAGCGAGAGUGUCCGGGCGCCGCACAGGAUGGGCUCGGAGAAGGACGCCGAUGACCCCCUGCUGAGGCAGAUCGGGCGCAUCGGCAAAUGGCAGGCCAUCACCUUCGUCGUCCUCGCGCUGUUCGCCGCGCCGGUCGCCUGGCAGAUGCUGGUGGUGGUGUUUCAGUCGCCGUCCGGGGUCGAUCACUGGUGCAAACGACCGGCCGCCUUCGCCAACUGGAGCGUCGAACAGUGGCGCAACUACAGUACGCCGUACACGACUGACCAGGCCGGCGCGCUCCACUGGGACCGAUGUCACGUGUACGCGCUCGACUACAGCACGGCGCCGCAGGAGCCGGUCCGGCCGCCCAACGGCACCGAGACGGCGCCCUGUCCGCGGCUGUACCGCGUCCACGGCCGCUGGGAGUUCGACCACUCGUUCUACCAGUGGACCAUCCAGGAGCACUUUGGCCUGGUCUGCGAGUACGAGUACCUGCUAGCGCCCAUCAAGUCCUCCUACAUGGUGGGCGUCAUGCUGGGGGCCCUGCUCGGAGGCAUGGCCUCAGACAGGUUCGGCCGCCGCCCGGUCAUCCUGGCGCUGCUGGGCACCCUGCUGCCCCUCUCCCUCCUGGUGGCUCUCUCUCAGACGGUCAUGGUGUUCAUAGUGCUCAGGUUCCUGGUGGCCAUGGCCGUGGUGGCCGAGUACACCGCCAUCUUCGUCUACUGUAUGGAGAUGGUCAGCGGUCGCUGGAGGAUCAUUCUAGGCAUGCUCAUCCAGCUGCCGUUCUCGUUCGGCUUUAUGAGCCUGGCCGGGAUCGGGUACGCGCUGACAGAUUGGCAGCAUCUGCAGGUGGCCAUAAGCGCACCCAUCGUCGUCUUCUUCUUCUACUACUGGGCGGUGCCCGAGUCGCCCCGGUGGCUGCUGGCGGCCGGGAAGGUGGACAGGGCGACGGCGCUCAUCGAGUCCAUAGCCGAGAUCAACGGCAGAGAGUUCGACCCCGACAUUCAGCUGGUGCCACCCCACGAGGGACGGCGGCACGUCAGCGUCCUAGAGCUGCUCCGCUCGCCGGCCGUCCGCUACCGCACGCUCAACCUGUGGUUCAACUGGACGGCCAACGUGCUCGUCUACUAUGGGCUCAUCUUCUCGUUUGUGGACGUGGGCGACGACAUCUACCUGAGCACGGUGCUGGGUGGUCUGGUGGAGGUGCCCGCCUACCUGAUCGGCAUCGGCGUGUGCCUGCUGCUCGGCCGGCGACUGCCCAUCGCCGGCACCAUGCUGCUGGCCGGCGGCUGCCUGCUGGCCACCAUCGCCGUGCCCAGAGGGGUGUUUGCCCGCGACUGGCCGCUGCUGCUACUGACCCUGAUGGCCCGGUUCUGCAUCACGACCUCGUUCGGCGUGCUGUACGUGUUCUCGGCGGAGGUGUUCCCCACGGUGCUGCGUAACACAGGCGUCAGCUCCAGCUCCACGUGCGGCCGGAUCGGCGCCAUCGUGGCUCCGUUCGUGGCCGACAUGGCGAAGACGUACGUGCACCUGCCGGCCGUGGUGCUGGCCGUGGCCGCGCUGGCCGGGGGCCUGCUCAUCCUGGUCCUGCCAGAGACCACCGGUCACAAGCUGCCCGACACGCUCACAGAGGCCAAACAGCUCGGCAGUGACACCAAGAACGGAGCUGUGCCCGCGCGCCCGGUGCCUACCCUGAAGACCACCCCUCCGGCCGAGCAGUACAACAACGCCGCGUUUGAGGGUGACGGGGAGACUGGCGGACGGGACGGAGCGAAAUGAAGGUAGAAAUAAAGCGGACUGAAGAUACGGAUGGAGUGGAAUGCGUUUGGACUGGAGCGGAAUGGGAGCGGACUGAGGCCCAGCCAGAGCGGACUGAGGCGGUAAGGAGAGGGAUGAAAAUGAAACAGCGCUACGUCGCCGAGACAAAGCCGGUUGAGACUGAGAAGGAGCGGACUGAGAGCAGAAUGGUCGCACCGAGAGCGGACCGAGAGCGGACUGAGAGCGGAACGGAGCGGACUGUGAGCGGAAUGGAGCGGACUGAGAGCGGAAAGGAGCGGACUGAAGCGGACUGAGAUCGGGAUGGAGCGGAAUGGAGCGGACUGAGAUCGGAACGGUUCGGACCGAGAGCGGACUGAGAUCGGGCUGGAACGGACUGAGAGCGGACUAAGAUCGGGAUGGAGCGGACUGAGGCCUUGACGGAACAUUCAACAUACUGAGGCCGAGUUGUAGAGAAAUAAGGACGGAAUAAAGCGAGCCGUUGUCGGUCGGUAACCGACAGGCGCCACUGUGAAAACUGAUAGCUGUGCACUGGGGAGGAAGCAGCGAGGUUUUAUGACGAAAUGCCUUUCUUACGAAGGCAGUUUUAGUAAAGUGUGAUGAGUGAAGUGUUUGAUCUGAUUAUAUUUUAGGGCCUUGGAUCUGAUCCGUGCAGAUCUAGCUGCAUCCGAUCAACAAAGCUUAGACUCUAGCGGGGAGCGAGCCGAGUGUUGUAUGUUACGUGGUACGGUGGAAUCCGCCUAAUAAAUCCACCUUGGUGACAAGGUGUUUUGGAUUUAUUAAGCGGUGGCUUUAUUAACCGGUGCACAGUAGGCGAUUUCGCUAUCCUAGCACUUCAUGAGUUAUAUCUUAAGUUAGACUCAAAACCAGUCAUCUUUAAACCCCUUAUUUUGUGCCUAGUUUUAUUGCGCUUCAACUGAUAUAAGUAUUUGCAUCAGAAGUAGUCGGGUUUUCUUUGCAACGUGCAAGAGAGCGAGCAAUGCCUUUUCCCCAUAGGCUUAACACAGGACAGAAGAGGCCUAGCAAAAACAUAUACAGUGUUGUCUUUGUUAUGACUUACUUCUCAACUAUAGUUCAUUUUUUUUUCAAAACCGGUUUGGCUCCAAGUACGUUCUUCGACUAAGCACGCGUUUUAGCCAGCGAAACGGCCAAAAACUGAACUUGAGAAAAUCGAACGUCGCCUUAUUUUAACAUGUGAAUCAUUCCCGAUAAAUUCCAUACGUGCUUUUUAGAACUAGACAUUAGAACAGUGGUGAUGUCAUGCUGUGAAACUUUCAUUGCAAUGUAAUGUAUACCUACCAUAAACAGAACCGUUUA